AUGGAGAAGUUCGCCGUCUUCAGGCCAUCCGAGGGUUCCACCUCCGCCGCCCCGCCGCUCGGUGUGCUGGGCAAAGGUUGCCUGCUGGACACCCUCGCUCUCGGAAUGCACAACCGGACGUGCCGCUCAAUCAUGGGCCUCUUGGUAGGCAACAGCAAGACCAACAACAGGCCCUCGUCCCGGCACUACUUUGGCUUCAACUUGAACUUCAACGACGUGCCCCUCGGGAACGCCAACGCGCUCCACAGCCACAAAGGACUCGAGUGGUUCAUGGCGUACAGCGGCGACUUUGAGAUUCGCGCCGGGAAUCAGGGUAGGUCAAAGGUUCACCUUUCGAAGGACGACUUCAUCCUGAUGAACUCGAACGAUUGUGCCAUGAUUCUGUGUGGCACUAUCGGAGCACCGUGGGUGCAGUGGGCAACCGAUGUUGUUGACGCUGCUCGUGAGAAGGGCGUUCUGUGCACCGACAUGGGCAUCUUGUACGACGCCGGCACGGCUCCUCCCGAGCAGGAGGAGCGGGAGGUGCACGAUGUGUCGCAAGCGCAGCUCGAGUCGUUUGUGCAUCGAGCUGCAGACAAGCCCUGCGUCAGCUCGCCUCAAGGUGACGGAGACUUGUGCUUCGAGCACGUCGUGAUUCGCGCGGUGGCGGGCGAGGGCAUCGGCGGCUGGGAGGUGCUAAUCGCCGACAAGAAAGAGGGGGCUUGGAGCCUCUCGUUGGCGGGCGAUGAUGCCGGCGACGACACUGGACCUGCUCGACUCUUUGUAAUCUCAUCGUCGAUGAGCACUCCCUCCGAUCUGACGAGCGCGUGGCUUCCGCGCAGCAGCCCCGGGGCCUGA